AUGAGAAUCAUCCCAUUAAUCAGCAGUGUAGGGGUCAUCUUCUGGAUUCUCAUUCCAUUUGGUAUCCAGUGGCUAUUUUUGGUGCUUCUGGGUCUUGUAGGAACUUUCUGGGAGAGGACCCCAUUCUGCAGUUCAUCCUCCUCCAACCUGCUGUUGGUACUGCUGAUUGUUGGUAUAGAGGUCAUCAGAGUCAUGGGUCAGGGAUUUGGGAUUGGGGGUCAAGAGGUGGUGGGUGGAGUAUUGGGGUCUCUCCUUUUCUUGAGGACUUUUCUCACCUUUGUUACCAGGCCCAUCUUUGGGCCCAGGUCUGAGCCAGAGGAAAGUUCCAACAUCAAGAGGGACAUCAUGGGUGGAGUGGUUAUUGAUAUCAUCUUGAGGGUUCUGAUAGUUUCUGACUAUCACAGCUACAAGGGUUCCUAUGAAUUCAGAGAGCUUCUUGUACUUUGA